AUGAUGCCGCCUUCUCACAUCGUAGCUCUGAAGCAUGAUACACCUUCAGUUCUUCAUGGUGCCUUGUAUAAUCACAUUUGGCCAUCCGAUUCAGAAUCAGAUUCCGAAUCCGAAGAAAAUCAAGAGGAACGAGAAGAAAAACGAAUGUUGCGAGCGAAAAGAAAACAGACAGCAGAAAUUGCCCGUAAAGCUAAGAUAAGGGCAGAUGAAAAGAAAAGAAAGGACAAAAAUAAGUCAAGCUCAAUCGAAGUUGGGAGCACAGCGGUUAUCAGACGGGAAGAUGAUGGGGGCCAGGCGAGGAGAGAAGAAAGACCCAAGAUAAAUAUAUCUAAAGAGGUACCCGGUCCUAAAAGGGUAUCCGGUCGUCAAACAGAGUCCGGUCCUAGAAGAAAACCUGAAUCUCAAAGAGCAACCGGUUCUACAACGGUACCGAAUCAUAGAGCUGUACACGAUCCUAAGACACCUGAUCUCAAGAAAGCAUCCGGUCCUAAACGGUCAUCCAGGAACGAACGGUGCUAG